UGAUAAUGAUACGUUUCUUCUUAGCGUUAUCCCUGCUAAGUAUAAGGUAUCUCGAUGAGAUGAAGAGGAUGCAGAAGAAGGCGUAGAAGAAGAGAGGCGGUUGCGCGAUGCGCGUUCCCGCGUUCAGGUAACAGACGCGCGUGCUUGCAUGAACUCGGAUCUUCUCUGGUCGACGCUGAAACGGCUGGUGACCGACUUUCCCGUUUAUCAGACUUCUAAAUCAUGAUCCAAACUGAAGCAUGAUGAAGCGUACACACAAGCAGUGCCAGACUCCUCCAUCAGUAACUGUCCAGGUCAAACCCAAUACUUUAUGCUCCCGCCAAGUCAGAAGACGUCUGUGGAUGAAAACACAAGAAGCCGAGGGCCCACCAAAGAAGAGCCAGCGGAAUAAGCAAUGGAUUGAGAUGUAUAAUCCCCAAAUAAUGCCUCCAACUUUUGUCAUCUCUCGUCAGGAAAUGACAGCAUUUUUCAUACUUUUUGAUGAUGACCUGGUCCAUGGCUUCCUGUUGAUGGAUAGUUGCUACAAAAUGACUGACAAGUACCUUCUAGCCAUGACAUUUGUGUACUUCAAAAGAGCUCGCCUCUCUAUUGAUGAAUACACCAGGAAGAAUUUAUUCAUCGCACUUUAUCUGGCCAAUACCAUGGAGGAAGAUGAGGAAGAAAAUAAGUAUGAGAUUUUUCCUUGGGCGCUGGGAAAGAACUGGAGGAAACAGUUCCCCCGCUUUAUCAAGAUGCGAGACAAACUCUGGGCUCGUAUGGACCACAGAGCUGCUGUCAGCAGGCGCUGCUGUGAAGAGGUAAUGGCCAUUGUGCCCUCUCACUAUUUGUGGCAGCGAAAUCGCUCUGAACACCACGGAUAUGCCCAGCGGCAGUACAGUGACCAGUCCCUUGUUCCUUUUCCCCGCGGCCCCUCAGCCUCUCCGGUGUUCUGCGCCCUCUGUAAACGGGGCACCAGCUUGGAUAAGGGCUCUACUGCACAGACCCAAAACCCAGCCUUUCAUCGGCCGCUCAUCUCUGCAAAGCAAGUGGAAAUCACCCCACCCAGGAAGUUGACCCCUUGCUGGAGGAAAAUCAGGGCCAAACCCCAGACUGAGCACUCUGCCUGCUGCUGCGUCGAGGAGCCUUCCAGUGAUGAGUCGGCCUGCUGCUCCUCAUACGACGCCUCCAUGGAAUGGAUCAAUGAAGAGUAGAGACACACACACCUCUGCAGUUUCAGAGCUUCCAGCCUCACAUUCUGUUUCUUAUCUCUUUCCUCAAAAGGCACAAUAACAGAGAAGUAAAGGGUCUAUGAUUUUUGUUGAUCUCCUUAGAGAUUCAAAUAUUUUUAGUUAAAAUGAGUUUGUGUCAUUAACUGCAUCUCAAAGUUGUGAAAACAAGCAGCACCUUGUCUAAGUUUUACCUGCACAGUGUUCUUGAUUAUUUAUUUAUUUACUAAAUCACUUUAGGGAUCUUUUGAAGACCACUUUUUACAAAAUCAAACCCUGAGUCAUUUGUCAUUUUAGCCACUGAUGUUUACGUGCCUGUCACAUGCUGGGAAUCCACUGGGUGUUUUUUUUUUCUUUUCUAAAUUGUUGCCGAUGUUCAGGUUCAGCAUUGUUGUUUGAGUUUUUAAUAAAAGCUUGAACUUUGUA